GAUGUCAUGGAAGGCCUAUCUUCAAGCGAGCGAGUGAUCCUUGUUGGCCAUAGCUUGGGUGGAUUGGCUCUUUCUCAUGUCAUGGAGGGAUACCCAAAGAAGAUUGCAGUUGCUGUGUUUGUUACCGCCUUGAUGCCUGGUCUGAUACUUAAUGUCACUACGGUCAACGCCGAGUUAUUUCCUCAAUUAACUGGUGUAAUGACUUUUCUGUUGUUUCUUGUUCUUGGAGAUAGCCGCUAUAGCUAUGGCAAUGGGCCAAACAACCCUCCGACCGUCUACACGCUCGGCCCGAUGUUCUUGGCCUCAAGGGCCUAUCAACUCAGCCCAGUUCAGGAUUGGACAUUGGCCAACACGUUGAUGAGAGCGCAACGCUUGUUCAACGAUGAGGACUUGACGAGGGAAAUAACAUUGUCGGACCAAAAUUACGGGUCGGUCCGAAGGGUUGCUGUUAUAUCCGAGGAUGAUAAGCUGAUUGAAAAAGACUUCAUGCUAUGGAUGAUCGAGAGGAAUCCGCUGGACCAAGUGCUGGAGAUCAAAGGGUCAGAUCAUAUGGUCAUGAUGUCCAAGCCCACGCAACUGCUGGCUCUCCUUCAACACAUUGCAGAUACUACCCAUUACUAAUAUGUUCUGGGCCUGUGGCCUCCGACAUAAUCUUGCUCAGCGUUUAUUUUUCUGGAUGCCAAUAAGAUUUCCACACCAUAAUGAUCCGUUCUUAUGAAGAGUUGGAUUAAUCUGAAGAAAUCCCACAUGCAUACGAUUGGAUGUCGAUGUAACAAAGGGCUUAAUCACAAGCUCGAUGCAUAUCAUCAUAUAAUACAAAUGUGCUAGUCCCCUCCGCUGCAGUAACAAUUUAUUGUUCAUGCAGUAUGAUGUCCCACUCCAUUUCACA